AUGUCGCAGCUAGGAGGCAGCGGCUGUUUCGGCAUAACAUCUGCAGGAAAUCUCCUCCUGAACAAGUGUCUCCAAGAUUCUGACGUGAGGUACUGGUAUCACGUCUUUCCCUACCGUGAUGUGUUGCAGAGAUCCUACGUUGAUGUUAUCAUCAAAAGUGCGACCCAGUAUACACCUGCUACACUAGUUAUAGUCAUCUGUAUCUGCUUAUCUAUGAUCGUCAUUGUGGCUAUUGGUGUGUGCUUGGUGCUGAAAUGUCGCAGACGAUGCUCGACUGGUGAUCAGGAGCAAGGAAGCUACAAAAAGGUUGAUAACACAGGAAGCGAUCCAAAUGGCAAGCGUCAAAAGGAACAACUCGACAUAGUGGUCGGGCUUGGCAAGGUUGCCUUCUCGAAGAUGUUUGACGGUUCUGAAAAUCCUGUUACUUUUACCAAGUCUGAUUUUGCGUUUGAAUCCGGAAAUGGGCAGAACAUCCUCGACAGGGGUAUGAAUGUGGGCCUCAUCCGUUGUGAUGAGGAGGCAGACUUAGAGUCUGAAAGAAGUGAGGUCCCCGUGUCUAAGACAAAAACUGAGGGUGCGGAAUUGAUUCCGCGGCGACCUAAGGAUGACAAAAUCAAGUUUGCUCUGGAGGUCCUACAAGAGUAUUGUGCUGAAACGAAUUUCCAAGAUGUUUUCUUUGAUGCCAACAAUCGAGGGAACUUCCAACUCGGCUUGUGGCACCGCAUUCCCUGUCGAUGCUAUCGUUCCGGGGAGAACCUGCUCGCCAUAUACUGGUUCCGGGGACAAAGCGUGUCCGACCCUAACAAAGUAGUCGUUAAUAGCUACGCCAACAACCAAUACUUUCCAAUCAGCGAUCGAUACACAUUUUCGUCAGAGUUUAGUCUCGUCGUCAAGGAUGUCAGAGAGAGCGAUGCAGGGAGAUACAUUUGUCAGGUUGUGCCGCGUUCUACGAGCGCGAGGGAUGACAAGACGGAUAUGCAGGUCAUCGGUGACACUUUUCCAGCCUGCACCACUGACGCAUCAUCGAAUGCUACUUUCCAGCGAGGACGCAGACAGACGCUACCGUGUGAGUGUGCGUCACAGGUGCCAGAUGCGCACAUAUCCGUAGUGUAUUGGUCAACAGGAGAGGGCGUCACUAUGGAGACACAGAUCAUUGGUGCACGUUUCUCUGAUGGUACCUUGGUUCAGUUCCAAGAUGGCGCAGAUUACAGUAUUAAUAACGAUUCUUCCCUCACAAUCAACUUUUUGGGUGGACUUAGUAACGCAUCGCGUUUUUGGUGUCACGUCUUCAUGGCAGAUGUUCCAGAGCGCAACUGCUUCUACGAUGUUCAUAUUGAAGAGAAUCCCGCUGACAACCGUCUUCAAGCCUCGGCCUCAUCUUUCUACCUUCAGGAGGGAAGAAAUCAAACCAUUCCCUGCAUUGCAUGGUCGCCCGGUGAUCACCUAUGCCUGGUACAGUGGUUUAAAGUCGACACCCCGUUGGGUCGACAUCUCAUCCUCAAUUACUCACUGUCCACUGAUGGCAUUGACGCCUAUCCUGGAUUCGGUGUCGAUGAUGGUUUUGGCCUGUCCAUCAAAUCCGUUAAUGACACCUAUACAGGAAGGUAUAUGUGUAUCCUGGACAGCAAUUCCACACACGAGGGCGCAAUCGACGUUCAUGUAUUCGGUGACAAAUUUCCUCUGGAUAACGGGACUGUCAUCAUGAAUAUCACUGUAACCUUUGACCCCUCUAAGAUACAAGAACUGAAUUGUCCCGCUGGUACAAAUUCCAUCGGGACGAAUAAGCCAACAGUGCUCUGGUCGUAUGGCCCGCCAAAAGCGACAACGACCACUAUAAUUGGUCGGCUAAAUCUACCAGGUGGCACUCCGGAGAUGUCUCAGCUGGGACACAGCGGCUGCUUCGGUAUAACAUCGGCAGGAUCCCUCCUCCUGAACAAGUGUCCCCAAGAAUCUGACGUCAGAUUCUGGUGUCACGUCUUUCCCCACGGUGAUGUGUUGCAGAGAUUCUACGUGGAUGUUAUCAUCACAAAUCCAGAAUUGCACUUCCAAAGACUGGUUGAAGAAGUCAAAAAGUUUACAUCACAGCUUACGGGGGACGAUGCUAACUUCGCUGUGACGGAUGCUGUGUUUACACCGCCAGAAUUGUUUGGUAUCUCGGAUAUCAAAGGUAGCUCUGUAAAAUACAGAUUAGAGUCAAUAAAGGAAAUCUUUUGUGAUGGCAUAUCUGAGUUGUCAGGUAAUGUUCUUUUGCAGGGGAGAGAAGGGAGUGGUAAAACAACCAUCUUGUAUAGGAUGGCUCUUGAAUGGCUUAUAGAGAGGCCCGAUGCUGUUUUGCAGCAGGCAAAGCUAGUCUUUGUUUUAUCGUGCAGGACAAUUCUUCAAACAAGAAACAUUGGGAAGGCAGUUUGGCAUCAAAUGCUUCAGAAAAAGUCAGCUUUGUCACCAGGGUUUAUCAACGGUUACUGUGCGGAUCACCCAAGUGAUGUGGUAAUUCUUGUCGACGACUGCGAUGAUAAAGCUGACGUUGAAGGUGUAAUGAAAGUCCUAAAAGAUCAGGGUCUUCUUGGAUGCAACGUUGUUAUGGCAACAAGGCAUACCCAAUGGGAACAGGAUAUCUGUAAAAAAGGUAGGCCUUACUUACGGCAUGUUAUUACCAACGGGUUCAAAACAGGUGAUCUACAUAAAUACGUUAAGAAUAUGUUCACUAUCAGUGGCAUUGCAGAUUCGGAUACUCGUGCGAGUCUCUCUGAGUAUUUACGUGCAGAUAUUCUGCCGCCAAGGCUUUCCUGUCUCCCAGGCAUUCUCCGCACUUUGUGUAAGUUGUCCAAGUGGACGAAGGGAAAAGCCUUCAAAGAUUCGCCAACCAUGACCGAUUUGUUUACCAGGUUAGUGCAAUGCUUGUUUGACAAUAGUCAACCCACUGCUGAACAGGAUCAGGAUACACAUAACGGGGAAGGAAGAGACCCAAAUGAUAGGCUCACAAAGGAACAACUCGACGUCGUGGUUGGACUUGGUAAGGUUGCCUUCUUCAAAAUCAUUGACGGUUCUGACAAUCGUUCAUUAACCAAGACUGACUUUGUUGAUGAAUCCGGAAAUGGGCAGAGUAUCCUCGACAUUGGUGCGAAGGUAGGCCUCAUUUGUUAUGAUGAUGAGGUGGACCUUGAGUCUGAAAGAAGUCAGAUCCCCUCUUCAGGCAAAGAUAGCACAUUUCUGUGUUGCACUCGUGGGGAUGUUGGUAAACUAGAAACUGGAGCAGAGGGUGUGGAGUUGGUUCCGUUACGACCUAAAGAUAAGGAAGUUAGGUUUGCUAUUGAGGUUCUGCGAGAGUAUUGUGCCGGUAUGUACAUGUCACAAACAAGAGAAAACAUCUCCACAUGUAUGGAAGCAAUCAAACAAGUUGAUGUUCUGAAGAAUGUUGACAAGCUGGCAAUCGUGUUUUCUUUUGCCAGUGGGGGGAGUUCAGCUGCUUGUUCUGCACUCGUCAGGCACCUGGUCAACGAAAUCACAUCUAAGCAACAAGUGCGAAAUCUUGCAGACGUUUUGCAGUUGCAAAAAUUGAUCGAAUUGUGCCUUCAAUUGAACUUCGAAGGUAAACGUGGAGGUUCUUUGAACAAGGAGCUUCGUACAUUGUUUACGUACAAUAGGGUACGUUUAAUCGGAAUUUCGAAACACAAGCUGCGGCUUCUGUCGUACUUGCUGAAAUAUGCGGAGCAAGCAAGCACAGGUUGCGGAUUAAAUCUGACGUCAGUUGAGCUGUUCCGGUUUGAGAACCAUGACUGGGACGAGCUGCAGAAAUACCUGGAUGAGUUUGCUAUAGGAUCUUCUAAAGGUAUCACUUGCGAAUACCUCGGCAACUUGACGGAAAUUCCAAAACAAUCGUGUCUGGAGGAGAAAAUAAGAUCAUGUUAUCAAAACCAGUCUCUGUUUCUCCGUCAGGAGUCUGACGGUGCCACUGCUCUGUCCACCCUGGAGUCUGUUGCUCUACAUGAUCUUAGAGAGUCACAGUAUGGUGACUGUUUGAUGUCAACAUCAACGGAAAUGCUGAUCUCUUCCCUCUCAAAUCUGAAAAUGGUUGAUAGCAUCACUCUCAUUGGCAGUAUCUUGAGUUCUGGCGAAAUUUGCAGUCUUGUCAACAGGGUUCUUUGUCAUCUGCCAAACCUGCAAAAAUUAGACCUACGGCUGAAUCAAGGGAUUGAUGAUGUUGCAUUCAGAACAGUGGCGUGUGCGCUGAUGCACUGCAAAUCUCUGAUUGACCUCAGGCUUUCACUUUUUAAGGUGACAGAUGAGGGUUUCUCUGAAGUGAGACAGUUGAUGGAGAAGGAAAAGGGGUUGACAUGGGAAAAGUUGACGACGCUGUAUCUGCUUCAUUGCGACCCAAGUGAUUCAUUCGUGAAAUUCCUUCUGAAUUACCUGAAACAACUGAAUGUCCUGUACAUAUCCGGUCGUACAGGGGUUGACGACAGAGUGUCAACAAAGAGUCAAAGAGUCAAAGCUGAUGGAGAAUGUUGA